UUCAUCUUCUUUAGGAGAAACACACAACUCGCAAUAUGUGUACGGGAAAGUGUUCGAUGUGCAUCGGGAUAACUUUGUACCCAUUAGCGCUCAUCUCCAUUAUCUGUAAUAUAAUACUGUUUUUUCCUGGUUGGGAUGUUAAAUACGCGCAAAAAGGACAAAUUACAGAGGAGGUAAAAAAACUGGGAGGACUGGUUGGAGGAGGUGUAAUGGUAUUGAUCCCUGCAGUUCAUAUUCACAUGACUGGAAAGCAUGGCUGCUGUGCUAACCGCUGUGGGAUGUUCCUGUCCAUUAUACUUUCAGCAGUGGGUGUUGCUGGUGCCAUUUAUAGUUUCAUAGUGGCACUGUCGGGGCUAUUGAAUGGGCCCUAUUGUGAUGUUGGUAAUGACUACUGGACAACUCCCUUUAAAAAUGAGAAAGCAGAUUACCUUAAAGACCGCGCUUUAUGGGAAAAAUGCACUGAGCCAAAGAACGUGGUGAAAUUUAAUAGUGGUCUGUUCUCAAUACUGUUGUUGGUCAGCCUUCUGCAGAUCAUCCUUUGUGGUAUACAGAUGAUCAAUGGCCUUUUCGGAUGCCUUUGUGGAACCUGCAGGGAUAAAGAUAAGCCAAGACAAACCAAUAUAACAGUAACCUCCGCUGUAAAUGUUUCACUGUAAAGAUCACAGACUUCAUAACUACCAUCCUGUCUCUUUAAUCGGCUAACUUGCGUCCUCUUGUGGAAAGCUGUAUUGUAUUGUUCAUUUGCUUAUUUGAUUCAUUCAGUAGUUUCCAUUCAUUGAAUAGAAUUUAGAUGUGAGAUUUAAAUGCAUAAAUGCUAUAUGUAUUACAUGUCAAUACAAAUGUAUUUGUACUUUUUCAUUUUUAGUUCACGUACUUAUUAGCUUUGCACUGUUUGUUAUUAAAACUGUUUGUGAAAUGAUUCAGAGAUGAUGUA